GGACUACGCAGUAUGAUAAACAACACGUGAAAUUCAGUUGUGUAUUGACGCUUAAAACGCUCAAAGUUUAUUCCUAUAUACUUAGUUAUAGCAUCUAGACUAAAAUACUCGAGAAAAUGGGUACCUACCUACAUACAUUUUGUUUCAGUCGUUGAUAAAUUACCCACCGUUAUAGCUUCAUUAUCUUAUCUCCUCGUGUAUUUUUAUAAUUAAAACCGAGUAAUAAUUGAUCUAUCGAACGACUCGAGUACAAUAUCUGUGUACUUUUUGCGCGAAACGAUGUCUACAUCUUUUAAAUACCUAACUCCUGGAAUAAUUGCAGCAUCUGCCGCAGUGACCGUCGCGUAUGCGUGGUAUUGUUAUCGAAAUCGCGAUCGAAUUCCGGCCAAGUGGAAAUUAAUCGGGUACGUUGAUAAAAUAGCCAUCUAUCCGAUCAAAUCGGGUAAUUAUCGAGAGUUGGAGGCUGCCGAAUGUACCGAAUUGGGGUUAAAGGAGAUUCAGGAUGGAGAGCAGUCUGGAAAACAUAUUUUUCGAGAUAGAGAAUUUCUAAUUUACAAUGUCAAGGAAAAGGAAGUACUGAGAUUGAUAAAGACCAAAAAAGCUGUAUUAAUAUCAGCCUUCAGUACCGAUGAGAACACUGUGACAUUUCAAGCUCCCAAUGUACCGGAUUAUGAGCUCAAUUUGCCCAGCGUGAUUGAAAAUGCGAAACGUGUCGAGAUAGGAAGAUACGGAUUCCCUAUUGAAACUAUCGACUGUGGCGACGAAGCAGCGAGAUGGGUAUCAAAUUACUUAACCUCUGGUAAAAAUGAAGACGAAUUUCGUAUGGGAUUUUAUGUGGAAAAUGUUACCAAGAGAACUAAUGUUGUGGAAUUGAUGUCGAGCCAGAGUAAAAAAUUCUUGUCAGUUUACAAACAUAUGAGACAAAGUGAUGGGGGAUUAUACGCUUGGAUUACAAGUUACCUCGUAACAAAUAAAUCAUCGUUCGACGAAAUAAAUGAUUGUUUAGCCGAAGAAGACAAAGCCAAUAUUUAUAAUUUCAGGCCAAACAUCAUAGUCAAAGGAUGCGAUCCUUUCGUCGAAGACGAAUGGAAAUGGAUUAAAUUCGGAAAUGAUGUCGUCAUGCGAUACUUCAAACCAUGCACCCGAUGCACAGUUACAACAAUUAAUCCCGAUACUGGUGAAAUAAACAAGAACUUGGAACCGUUUAGGAUGUUGAAAAAAUGUAGAAAAGUCAAAGACGUAAAAGGAUACGAUCUUCAAGGAGAUUUACCCGUCUUUGGGGCUAACAUGGGAUUAUACGUGCCAGGAAGAUUGAAAGUUGGAGAUCCUGUAUAUGAAGGUGUAUAAAUGUGUCAGUGCUUACGCCCUUCUGUGUCCCUGGAGAAAGAGAAAACAAACUUUUCUCAUUGAAAAUAUGUAAAUUUUAAACAACGUGUAUAAUUCAUAAUUCGUGAAUUUUGAACGAAAAUCGAAUUCUGCGAGUUUUUAUAUGCAAAACAAAUAGGCAGGUACCUACUGAUUAAAAGCAACAUUGUAAGUUCGGAAGAAGAGAAUUUCGAAAGGUUCCAUUGUAAAAAAAUCUUAUUUGAAAUCACUUUUCUCGCUUAUAUCAUUUAAGAAGAUUUUUUCACAUCUUACUCGUACAUGGAAAGAGUUUUUCACUCAAUACCUAUUGCAAUAAGUUGAAUUUACUGGAAAACUCGUAUUAAGUAUAACAAAAAAAAUUCAUUCUGAUUCUUAUAA